AUGCAUCCAGACUCUCAGCUUCAAGAUGCAGUUACCAAGGGUUUCGACCCCAAACUGUUGUACGAUCCUAACCUGGAUCAUGUUGAUGAGCCAGUUCGAUCCAUCCUCGAGCAGUAUAGCAAUAUCCCCGCAGAAAAGAUCUUGGACCAUGUUCGUCAACUGAGAGACCGCGCAUUCGAAAUCUUUCCAUAUGCCUGCGUCGGCAAGUUUUCCUUCUUGCAGCUUAGCAUUGCCUCCUCACCUCUUUACCCAGAGAUGCUUCGCCGGGUUAAGCAGGGAGACAAGUUGUUAGACCUCGGGUGUGCAUUUGGCCAGGAGCUUCGCCGCUUGAUCUAUGAUGGCGCACCCUGUUCAAGCCUGUAUGGAACUGACCUGCGUCCUGAAUUCCUUGAGCUUGGCUGUGAUCUGUUCCUUGAUCAUGAUAAGAUGAGUGGACAACUCAUUAGCUCCGACAUCUUGGAUGAAAAUUCCGAACUGAUGGGACGGCUCAUGGGACAGCUUGAUAUGGUAUACAUAUCUCUGUUCAUUCACGUCUUUGACUGGGAUAAGCAGGUUGAAGUGGCUAAACGAGUACUUGACCUACUCGCUGCGAAGCCAGAUUCACUGAUAGUGUGCCGUAUCAUGGCAUGUCGGGACCAGAGUCUGAUCAAUGCCUCCCUGGCUCGCAUGCCAUAUUACUAUCACGACCUGGCCAGUUGGAAUCGCUUGUGGGAGAGAGUUCAGAGUGACACCGGCCUCCAACUUGAUGUGCAAAGCUGGGAGCAGCCGGACGAGUUGGCAACAAAGCAUCCGGUCGAGGGCGUCUACGUCCUUGGUUCCUCUAUUAGGCGAACAUGA